GUCAUUCUACUCCGGGGUAGCAAGAGAGGUGUGUGUAUGACACUACCAGAGAGACAGGAGAGACAGGAUAAGAGAAAGUAGAGAGAGAGCAUGUGACACUCACAUGUUGGCUGUGAGGGAGAACAUUGAUAGCGGUGACUAUUUGUAGGUGUACCUGUAGGUUACAUGUUCCUGACUACAAAACUUUGACACAAAAUUUGCAUUCCUCUUUGGGUUGGCAGAACGAAGUGUGGGAGCACAGCUAAGCACCCCACCCCCACCCCCACAACCCACCCCUUUCAGAGGCCAUGGAGGAAGCCAAGGUCACUGAAGUUCCCCACCUGGAGCGGAGGGUCCGGCAGCGGAAAGAGCCCAUGACCGUUCUGAAGACCAAGCUGAGCCGUAGCCUGUCCUGCUCUGUGCCCAGGGUCAAGAACACCUUGACUGGGUUCUUCCCUGUGGUGCUCUGGCUUCCCAAGUACAAACUGAAAGAGUAUAUCUGGGGUGAUCUCAUGUCAGGCCUCAUCAUCGGCAUCAUCCUGGUGCCCCAGGCCAUCGCCUACUGCCUGCUGGCCGGAGUGGACCCUAUCUAUGGCCUCUACACCUCCUUCUUCGCCAACAUCAUCUACUUCUUCAUGGGGACCUCCAGGCACGUGUCUGUGGGCAUCUUCAGUCUUAUGAGCCUCAUGGUGGGCCAGGUUGUGGACAGAGAGGUGUAUAUGGCAGGGUUCGAGCUGGAUGAUACCAAAGCAGCCACGGUAGAUGGAUUCUUAAACGUAACAGAAGACUCAGACAGCUUAGCCGUCAACCUGACAAUAGGGGCCUUCGGCAUGGAGUGUGGGAAAGAAUGUUAUGCCAUCAGCAUCGCAGCAGCCUUGACGUUUUUGGCUGGGAUUUACCAGGUAUUGAUGGCUGUGUUCAGACUGGGCUUUGUCUCCGUCUACCUCUCUGCUCCCAUGCUGGACGGCUUCGCCACAGGCGCAUCGUUCACCAUCCUCACCGUCCAAGCCAAGUACCUACUGGGGCUCAAGAUCCCUCGCCACCAGGGCUACGGCACUGUGGUGGUCACCUGGAUCAAUAUCUUCAGUAACAUCCAGAACACCAACUACUGUGACCUCAUCACCAGCGUCAUCUGCAUCUCUGUCCUGGUGUUGGGGAAGGAGCUCCAAGAUCGCUACAAGGAUCGUCUGAAGAUCCCUCUGCCCACAGAGCUGGUAGUGGUGGCGGGCGCUACACUGGUGUCCCACUUUGCAGACUUCCACGGACGGUACGACUCCAGUGUCUCUGGUGCUAUCCCCACAGGCUUCAUCCCCCCUAAGGUGCCCAGUUUUGGUCUGAUGCCCCGGGUGGCCUUCGAUGCCAUCCCACUGGCUGUGAUCAGCUUUGCCUUCACGGUUUCCCUCUCUGAGAUGUUUGCCAAGAAGAACGGCUACACCGUCCGGCCCAACCAGGAGAUGUUGGCCAUUGGUUUCUGUAACAUUAUCCCUUCCUUCUUCCACUGUUUCACCACCAGUGCUGCCCUGGCUAAAACUAUGGUGAAAGACUCCACGGGCUGCCAGACUCAGGUCUCCAGCAUUGUAAGUGCCUUUGUCGUUCUCCUGGUCCUGCUCUUCUUCGCCCCCUUCUUUUAUUCCCUCCAGAAGUGCGUCCUGGCCUGUAUCAUCAUCGUCAGCCUGAGGGGAGCUCUCCGUAAGUUCAGAGACGUGCCCAGUAAGUGGCGCGUCAGUAAGAUGGACGCUGUCGUCUGGAUGGUGACUAUGAGUGCCUCAGCACUGAUCAGUGUGGAGAUGGGGCUGGUGGUUGGGGUGGUUUUCUCUAUCCUCUGUAUCAUCGUCCAGACCCAGAAGCCCAAGGUUUCGCUGCUAGGACAGGUCCAUGACACUGUCUACUACGAGGAUUUGGAGGAGUAUGAAAACCUCAUGUCCCUCCCUAAAGUGAAGAUCUUCCGCUUCCAGGCCCCGCUCUACUAUGCAAACAAGGACUUCUUCCUGAAGUCGCUGUACAAGGCCGUGGGCGUGGAACCCUUCCUGGAGAUGACCAGGAGGAUGGAAGCAGAGAAAAAAUCUGAAAAAAUGGCAGCGAAGGAAGUCGGGAGAGACGACAAGACUAAUGGAGAGGUGAAUGUAGGGCUGGUAUCCAGAGAACUUGACUUCCACACUAUCAUCUUAGACUGCUCUGCCAUGCCCUUCGUAGACUCCACAGGGAUGCAAACCUUCAAAGGGAUCAUUAAAGACUAUAAGGAGGUGGGUGUCACAGUGCUGCUAGCAAGCUGUAAUACAACAGUCAUAGAUUCUCUCAGACAAGGCUCUUUCUUCGGGAAGGCUGACAAAGACAUGGAACGCUUGUCAUUCUAUACUGUACACACUGCAGUUCAAUUUGCCAAUGACAGGGCAACAUCUGCAUUUAUUGGUGACACAUUGGUGUAGACCAGAGCCGUAUAUUUCCAAAUAAAUGGAUAUGUAAAUAAAUGGCUCUGGUCAGGGAUGGACUGGCCUUCUGGCAAUUCUGGAAAAUGCCAGAUAGGCUGGACAUUUUUUCUGUUGGGUGGCUUGGUCAAAAUUGACACACACACACACACACAAAAUGUUUUUAUAUCAAAAUAAAACAAUUAAAAAGGUGACAUUGCCGGCGGUCCAUGGGCCUGGUAGCCCUUCACACUCACAGCCCCUGUCAUCCCCUUGAAAAUGGCAGAUUUGGUCACUCAUAAGCAUCUAAAUAUGAAUGCAGUGGCUGUAUAUAGUACAUUACUGUAAUGUACUAUAUAUGAUGUCAGAAAAAGCUCUUUACUUUACAGCCCUGUGUGCGAUUCAACUGACAGUCAUUCUAAACAUGUGUACCACGCACAAUAAAAAAAAUGCCCCCAAACCCUCCUGCUAAUUGGGCUAGUAGUUAAGCAACAUUUUUGUGGUCUGAGUGAGGGGACACUGUAAAUUGAGAGGAGUCAAUGUGUUCUGACAGAUGACACUUGGAGGAUUAUAAUAAACACUGCUUUGAUGUCAUACAAGCAAACCACACACCCAUAAGUCCAAAUGUGCACUUCACAUUUCCAUAUUUGAAAACUGAUGUAAUUUACCGUAUCAACAAUCAUGAUAGCUAUAUUUGAUGUACAGUUACACGAAUGACAAGCGUCAUACCAUGGGUUGUCCUGAACAGAAUGUGUGUCAUAUUGUGAAGAAAAUUUGCUGCGGAACACACACUUGAAGGACUCCAUUCCAUGCGCACAAAAAUGACAAUAUGUUUGUCUGAAGUGCCUUGUGAAAGCCUAACACUGUAAGAUCCUAUUUUAUAACUAGUCAUGUUGGCAAUAGAAUAAGCUUUCAAAUGAUGUCCACCUGACCCAGAUUGUGAUUUAUAAUGGAACGUUUUUUUUUGACGUAAUUGUGUGAUGGUGGGGACGCAGGGCUGUGUUCCAAACAAAAGACUGUAGGUGUGCUUGCUUCAGUUCCUCAACGGCAAAGCUAGGAGAUCUAAAAAAAAACACCUUUAAGUUGAAGGCUCUUUCCUUGUGUCAUAAAAGUGCAUUGAAAUGACUUAGGUACUGUGCACAGUUCGGAGAGGUGUGUGUCCACUUGAAGACACCAGUUAGACCUCUCACUCAAGCCCUUGUAAUAAUGUUUGCACCUACCCCAAAAUUGCAGUGAAUAUUCUUAUCUUAUGAGUGUAUUCGUCAUCAACAAAUGCAGCGAAAAGUACAGUAAAUGUUAAACGCAGAUGAAAUCAACAGCGUAAUGUUUGGAUUUGUUUGGUCUUAUGUCAGGUGAACUGUUGUGUUCUCACCUUUGGUCUGAUCAUUUCCUUCAAUUUAUACCAUGGUCAUGCAUAUACUUUUAAUAUUUCUUCUGUUAGAAACUAUCCAUAUAGGUGUAAAGGGCUAAAGAUGUACCAAGCAGAAAUCUCGCCGACAUUUCCUGGUUGCUAAAAUUCUAAUACUGUAGUUCACCUAAUUUCAGUGUGUGACAAAAUAAGCAAGUCUAGUGUAGAGAAUCAUUGUACAAUCUGUGAAACAUAUUUUCCAUAAGCAAAAAUAUUGUAUUUUCAGCUGUUUGAAGCUGGUGUAUAACACCGAAAGUAAAAGACACAAAAACUAAAUUUAAGACUGGGAAGCAUAGAAAUGGCACUCAUAGAACAGAUCUACUGCUUCUUAGACUUGCUUUCAAGAAGAAUGACAAAUCUAUAAAUCACAUUUCUCAAUCAAAUUUGCCUUUGGUUGUUCUGUGGGCAAGGGCCGGCCCGGCUUUUCUGAUCGGCUGAGCUGAGGUCACGCAAACUCACCUUCAAGGUCAAAAGUGGCAUCAGCAAAGAGACCUUCCCCGACUCUGUCAUAAGUUAUACAGCCAAGAUCAUGGAUUGUAAAAAACGGAAAGGUGUUUAUAAACGUAGCAAGAGCAUGUUGUACAUUGUCACCUCAAAGAUCCUAUUAUGUUGGCGGCUAAACCUAUGAUUUGGUCAAACAGUAAAGUGUAUUAUCCUCAUGAUUCCUGUAAUUUUGUAUUUAUCCGUUAUUUUACCAGGUAAGUUGACUGAGAACACGUUCUCAUUUGCAGCAACGACCUGGGGAAUAGUUACAGGGGAGUGGAGGGGGAUGAAUGAGCCAAUUGAAAACGGGAUUAUUAGGUGACCGUGAUGGUUUGAGGGCCAGAUUGGGAAUUUAGCUAGGACACUGGGGUUAACACCCCUACUCUUAUGAUAAGUGCCAGGGGAUCUUUAAUGACCUCAGAGAGUCAUGACACCCAUUUAACAUCCCAUUUGAAAGACAGCACCCUACACAGGGCAGUGUCCCCAAUCACUGCCCUGGGGCAUUGGGAUAUUGUUUUAGACCAGAAGAAAGUGAGCCUCCUACUGGCCCUCCAACACCACAUCCAGCAGCAUCUGGUCUCCCAUCAUCCAGGAACUGACCAGGACCAACCCUGCUUAGCUUCAGAAGCAAGCCAGCAGUGGUACGCAAGGUGGUAUGCUGCUGGCAAUGAAAGUGUCUGCCAUGUGCCUGUGCCCUCGCUGGUGUCUGCCUCCGUGAUGAGCACUCUCUUCUCCCCCAUGCGCUCGAGUGAGAAAAAAACAGCUUCGGAAGCUUCGUGCCGUUCGCCCUCUUCUUCCUGUCGAAGGGAGGAAGGUCUCAGGUUUCUGUAGGUAUACUUUGAUUUUAAACAACCAACAUGUACACGUUCAUGAGAGACUCAGCUUUCGAUGGUGGGGUCAACCAUUCGGACGCUACAGACAGAAGUUGGCACAUCGGUGGCACCGACUUCAGAUUAUUUUCGGGGAUGUCUCCUGGUCGGACAAACACCGCUGUAACUCUGCCACCUCCCACCACAGAUGCGAAAGACCAACACAGGUGGAUUGAGACGCAGCCCAUGCAAAAACACAUCAUCUCCAGCUUAGACAGAAGGAUUUUCUUUAUCAUGCUAAUAGGGUGGGGAGGGGGGUUAAUGUUAUUUGAAUAAUAAAACUAGCAUGCUUUUGUACAGUGAUGAAUGUGUCAGUGAUAAUGUUAUCUGCUGGUUGUUUUAUAGGGGAUUUAUGAUUGACCAUCUAACUACUAAUCAAGGGGGAAUCAAUCUAUUUUAUGUUUCAUUUUGAGUUUGACCAGGACAGAUUCACCAUAAUAUAUUGAUGGUGACUUCACCAGUUAUUUUGUAACACACAAACUCCAGUGUCUAUUCCAACAAGGUGUUGGUAUCUAAACAUUUAUAAUAGAAGUUGAUGUUUCAGAUGAACUUUUAAAGUUUGGAAUCUUAUCAAAUUAUUCUUAAAAUCGUAUUUUAUAUUACUUUGUAGAGUUGUUGACGGUUGAAUGUUUUUAUAUACUGUGCAUCUUAGUUAUCAAUAGAAACAACGCUUUUGUAUAAAGUAUAAGUAAAUUCAUGGUUUAAUAAACUACUACAAUACUA